AGCUCCAGAGGAGAGAAGAGAGACAGAUAGAACGAGAUGAAAAACAUCCCCAAGAGCAGCAGAAGGUACCAGCUGAAGAACAGCAGUGGGCAGAGAAUAUGCCUGAAUGGGAAGAAAGGAAAUCCCUGCUAGCUCAGAGAAGAGUGGAGUCUCUCAGACUGCUUACAGUGCUGUUAAACCGAGUGAAAGAUUUUGCACAGUUGGCAAGUCAAAAAGUGGAUCCUUCGUUGGGCCUAAGGAAGGACGAUUCUUUUCCUGAAACAACAUUAAAAGACACACAUCAGGAAGAGAUAAACUCCCGUUGCCAUACGCACAAAGAGUUGAAACAUAAGGAAGAGUUUACGUGUCAGUUAACCCAAAAAAGUAGCGCCUUAUGUAGUGAGGAAGGGGAUUUGACUGGCUUGUGUGCAUCCACCCGUCAUAUAGUCAGGACAGUUUUAAAUGAUCCCAGUMGAGCCCUGACUUGUGAGAGCUUGACGGGCACAGAUGCGUACGACUCCUUUGGCUGUGGAUCUUUACUGAUUACAGUUACACAAGACUGCAAGGUCAUCGAACCUCUCGAUAGAAGGGACUACCCAACACUGAAUGUAGUUCACACACAGACAGUGUCUGAUGAAGACGGCUGCAAAAAGCAAAAGGUCUAUGAGACCGAUGAAUUUAUCCAUUAUUUAUUAAACUACUAUCAGACACCGAGCUAUGCACGCGUUUGCUUAGAGCCAAAAAGCACUGCGAGCAAGUCCUGGUGGAAGAGAGUGGUGUCUSAUGAUGACAGUGGCUUUCAGAUCAGCUUGAGUAACAAACACGGUCAGCRCUUCAGAGAAGUGAGUCUUGUGCAAAACGUCAGCAAGAGAAAUUGUAGUAGAGAUGAUAAUUAUAGACUGCUGAUCAAGGUUGGGGAAUUUGAAACUACAGACACAGUGUGGAAAAGCCAGACCUGUGCAAGUAGGCUUGCAAAAAAAAUUCAAGUACAGAGGAAUGACUCGCUGGCUGUUGAUAACUUACCACGUGCUGGACUGAAUCGCUUUCUGGAUGGCACUACUGCUAGUCAUGAUAAGGAAUUCAGACUAGAAGACAGUAGAGAUGAAGCUACUGUACCAUACCAAAUGUGUAGAUCAGCUUUCAAAUUAAAGGAUUUGUUGGAAGAGAUCAGUGACUCAGAGUGCUUUGGUGAGGCACAUAGUGGUUCGAUGAAGAGGACAGAGAGAAAGUGUGAAGAAAUUCACAGCAAUUGUAAUCAAGGGUGCUUGCUCCCAGGAGAAGGGGAGAGGAAAUUACUGGUUUGUGUUAAAAAUGUAGCCCUGGAAGGUCAAGAAAAGGAAUGCAGCCAAUGUAGCUUCUGUUCUAAUUCUGCCCAUGAGGGAUUGGCAAGGCAGUGUGAACACAAGUUUAAAAAAUCAUACAAGCGGUCUAGUAGUAAAUUAAGACAUGAAGGACAGAAAAGUGAGAGACAAGCCAGGGAAGAGGAGAGGAAUGCUCACAAAAAGAAGAAAAAGAGAAAAAAGCUUUCUUCUAACCUUUUAUCUGAUGAAUAUGGCUUUUCAGAGACAGACAGUUGCAUACAGCUGGAGUCACUCAGAAAGAUACAAAAAAAGUGUAACAAAAUGUUCCACAACAAAAUGAAAUGCAAAGCGCUUCACUCGGUGACAGCAGCUCCGGAAGAUGUUCCCCCUAGUGAUGAUUCACCACUCCAGGGGACCCUCCAGAGGGCAGGAGAUGAGAGGAAGUUAAUACUGAGAAGAGAGGUGGAUGCUGAUGUCAGAGGAUGCCCUCUUUUUCCACUUGAAAUAAUUCAGACCAACCCCUGCUCAGAUACUUUCUGUGGAGCUGAACCUGGAAGAGGAUGCUGAGCAGCUACUGUGUAAUAGCUCUUAAGCUUACUCACAGAAGUGGGAGAAAGUAAGUCCUUUAGUCGUUAAAAGUUAUGUGAAAUACUGGAUUUUUUGUGUGUAGGUAAUUCCUUCUGUAUGGAGGAGUAGAAUAAUCUGACUGGAGUAGUGAGCCAAAAUAUGAGAAUUUUUAUCUGGCUACUGGACAACAAAGGACCAAAAUGUUUCCCAGGGACAGACAAACUUUUGUGGACCAGUUGCUAAGAAUUCAAAAAGUAACAGUUUGAUAUCUUGGAGUUGUACCCAGAUUAAAUCUAGGGUGCAAUGUAAACAUAAAAGUUACACUUUUUGGUAGUAC